UCCUCUCAUUCUUACCCCACAUGCUCGGCUCCGGGAGCAUGCAGCGUGGUGAUCAGCAUUGUGCUGUGUCCCUCGAAUACACAGUGGAUCACCGAUCCACGGAAAGAGCCGAAGAUUUUGGCUCGGUCAUGUGAUCAGCUGUGUCCAAUCACAGCUGAUCAGGUGGGACAUGUACACUGAUCAUCAGGGCACUGAUGAUCAGUGUGGCCCCAGAAGUGCCACUUGUCAGUGUCCAUCAGUACCAGCUGUCAGUGCUGAACAGUGCCACAUAUCAGUGCCUACCAGUGCACAUGAAUGCCACAUAUCAGUGCCCAUCUGAGCUGCUUUUCAGUGCCGCCUAUCAGUGCCCGUCAGUGCGCCUAUCAGUGCUGCCUUUCAGUGAUGCUGUCAAUGCCCAUCAG